CGUGGGCAGGCCACGGUGACCAUGUAGCGGGGACCCCCGAGGAAGCACGGGUGCCGGGGACGAGCUCGGCGCGGACGGCACGCAGCUUCAGCAUCUCCCCCAGCGUCCCGGCCCCAGCCCGCGGGUCCCUGCUGGGAACUCCGGCCUCCCGAGGAGGCCUGGCCCGGAGCGCCGCCAAUUCUCGCCGCGUCUCGCGAGAGUCCAAGUUGAAGGAACAUGGCGACGUCUAAUCUGUUAAAGAAUAAAGGUUCUCUCCAGUUUGAAGACAAGUGGGAUUUCAUGCGUCCAAUUGUUUUGAAGCUUUUACGCCAGGAAUCUGUAACAAAACAGCAGUGGUUUGAUCUGUUUUCGGAUGUACAUGCAGUCUGUCUCUGGGAUGAUAAAGGCUCAUCAAAAAUUCAUCAGGCUUUAAAAGAAGAUAUUCUUGAGUUUAUUAAGCAAGCACAGGCACGUGUUCUGAGUCAUCAAGAUGAUACCGCUUUGCUAAAGGCGUAUAUUGUUGAAUGGAGAAAAUUUUUUACCCAGUGUGACAUUUUACCAAAACCUUUUUGUCAACUAGAGGUUACUUUAUUGGGUAAACAAAGCAGCAAUAAAAAGUCAAAUAUGGAAGAUAGUAUUGUUAGAAAGCUCAUGCUUGAUACGUGGAAUGAGUCAAUUUUUUCAAAUAUAAAAAACAGACUCCAGGAUAGUGCAAUGAAGCUGGUGCAUGCUGAGAGAUUAGGGGAAGCUUUUGAUUCCCAGCUGGUCAUAGGAGUACGAGAGUCCUACGUUAACCUUUGUUCUAAUCCUGAGGACAAGCUUCAGAUCUAUAGGGAUAAUUUUGAGAAGGCAUAUUUGGACUCAACAGAGCGAUUUUAUAGAACACAGGCACCCUCGUAUUUACAACAAAAUGGUGUGCAGAAUUACAUGAAAUAUGCAGAUGCUAAAUUAAAAGAAGAAGAAAAAAGAGCACUCCGUUACUUAGAAACAAGACGAGAAUGUAACUCUGUUGAAGCACUCAUGGAAUGUUGUGUAAAUGCGCUGGUGACCUCAUUUAAAGAGACUAUUUUAGCAGAAUGCCAAGGCAUGAUCAAACGAAAUGAAACUGAAAAGUUACAUUUGAUGUUUUCGCUGAUGGACAAAGUUCCUAAUGGAAUAGAUCCAAUGUUGAAGGAUUUGGAGGAGCACAUCAUUAGUGCUGGCCUAGCAGACAUGGUGGCAGCUGCUGAGACCAUCACUACUGACUCCGAGAAGUACGUGGAGCAAUUGCUUACCCUGUUUAAUAGAUUCAGCAAACUUGUCAAAGAAGCUUUUCAAGAUGAUCCUCGUUUCCUUACUGCAAGAGAUAAGGCAUAUAAAGCAGUUGUUAAUGAUGCUACCAUAUUUAAACUUGAAUUACCUAUGAAGCAGAAAGGAGUGGGGUUGAAAACCCAGCCUGAAUCGAAGUGCCCUGAGUUGCUCGCCAAUUACUGUGACAUGUUGUUAAGGAAAACACCAUUAAGCAAAAAACUAACCUCUGAAGAGAUUGAAGCAAAACUUAAAGAAGUGCUCUUGGUACUUAAAUAUGUACAAAAUAAGGAUGUCUUUAUGAGGUAUCACAAAGCUCAUCUUACCCGACGUCUCAUACUGGACAUCUCUGCUGAUAGUGAGAUUGAAGAAAACAUGGUGGAGUGGCUAAGAGAAGUUGGUAUGCCAGCAGAUUAUGUGAACAAGCUCGCCAGAAUGUUCCAGGACAUUAAAGUAUCUGAAGACUUGAAUCAAGCUUUUAAGGAAAUGCACAAAAAUAAUAAAUUGGCAUUACCAGCUGAUUCAGUUAAUAUAAAGAUUCUGAAUGCUGGUGCCUGGUCUAGAAGCUCUGAGAAAGUCUUUGUCUCACUUCCUACUGAACUGGAGGAUUUGAUACCUGAGGUAGAAGAAUUUUAUAAAAAAAAUCAUAGUGGUAGAAAAUUACAUUGGCAUCAUCUCAUGUCAAAUGGAAUUAUAACAUUUAAGAAUGAAGUAGGUCAGUAUGAUUUGGAAGUAACCACAUUUCAGUUGGCUGUGUUGUUUGCAUGGAACCAAAGGCCCAGAGAGAAGAUAAGCUUUGAAAAUUUAAAGCUUGCGACGGAACUCCCUGAUGCUGAACUCAGAAGGACUUUAUGGUCCUUAGUAGCUUUUCCCAAGCUCAAACGGCAAGUUUUGUUGUACGAACCUCAAGUCAAUUCCCCCAAAGACUUCACAGAAGGGACCCUCUUCUCCGUGAACCAGGAAUUCAGCCUAAUAAAAAAUGCAAAAGUCCAGAAAAGGGGAAAAAUAAAUUUGAUUGGACGCUUGCAGCUCACUACAGAAAGAAUGAGAGAAGAAGAAAAUGAAGGAAUAGUUCAACUAAGAAUAUUAAGAACCCAGGAAGCCAUCAUACAAAUAAUGAAAAUGAGGAAGAAAAUUAGCAAUGCUCAGCUGCAGACUGAAUUAGUAGAAAUUUUGAAAAACAUGUUCUUACCACAGAAGAAAAUGAUCAAAGAGCAGAUUGAAUGGCUGAUCGAGCACAAGUACAUCAGGAGGGACGAGGCCGACAUCAACACGUUCAUAUACAUGGCGUAGCUGAGCACUGUGCCUCUGUUCGAGCAGAUCCUGGAGCACCUGGACAGAAAGCUGUCCCAGUUUGAGCUGGAGGAAGGUUUAUUUGGACUUUGAUUACAUAAAUAUUAAACUCUCUGCCUUACCUUACAAACGACUGUAUUUUGCCAGUCACAUUAGUUAGCAUGACGGCAUUCAUUCCCUUCAUGUUGCACACUCUUUAACAGCAUGCUGUUUCGUGGAGAAGAUUGCAUUCAUGGAGAGCGCCCAUUGUGGACUUCAAAGUCAGUUCAAUUUUACCAACCAGGAGAAGUAAUGUUUUGGAAGGGUGAGGGUGGGGUUCUUGUUUCUUUUACCCCCUUUUUCCUUUUCAAAGGAAUAGACUUGCACAAGGAAGGAUAUCAGAUAUUGCACUGAAAAAGGCUUUUAAUCUUUUUUUUUUUUUAAUGCAAUUAAAGCUAGAGGUAGCACUCUUAGCUUCUUGAUGAAAAGAGUGAAAUUGUCAACACCAUGUUGGGAAAGGGCAGGUGUACUUGAGAAGACGAAGAUGUAAUAUUAUCAAGUUGUUUGUUAAACACUGCUUGCAGUUUGAUAACUGGAUUUAAAUGGUGACCAGAAAAUGGUAUUAAAUACUUCUAUCUUACAAUCCUGAUUGUCAUUAAGCAGGAGAUUGCUGUUUUAGUUGUUUGUUGUUAAAUGAUAAGGAUUUGGGGUUUUCUUUCUAAGUCUUGUAUGGUUGGAGAGCUUGUUUGAAAAUAUGAAGAUUAUAAUGAA